GUUGAGUCUCGUUCAAUUCUCAUUCCGUCCCUCUUUGCGUCCCUCCGUCCUCCUCCUCUCUUUAGAUAUCCAGCAUCCCGCCCGUCUCCCGGCAUUGUCCCCGUUUAUCUGAACUACUCAGGAAGUAGGAAGUUUACGUGGUCAGUGUUGACGUGGCUGUUUUCAGCACUGAAAUCACAAUUAUCACAAAUUCAUCACUUCUUUACUGAUUACAUUUUAAGCUGUAAAAUGUUGAGGUCUUUAUUUGUCGCGCUGACGGUGUCCACCGUUUUCGCCGGAUUGCCUACAAGUGAGGAGACAAAAAGGAUGAUGGAUCAUCUUUCGGACGCCGAGCACUUCAAGAAUGAACACCACAAUAAACAAUUUGACCAUGAUGCUUUUCUUGGUGAAGAUCAGGCCAAAACAUUUGAUCAAUUGCCUCCUGAGGAAAGUAAAAGAAGACUAGGAAUCAUCGUGGACAAAAUCGACGCGGACAAGGAUGGGUACAUCAACCCGGUGGAACUGAAAGACUGGAUAAGGUACACGCAGAGGCGGUAUAUUGAUGAGGAUGUCGAGCGGCACUGGAAGCAGCACAACCCUAAUAAUGAGGACACUAUUACGUGGGAGGAUUAUAAGAAAAAUGUUUAUGGUUUCAUGGAUGACAUGGACCACAAGGACCUGAAGACACACGACAGUGAAGCGUUCACAUUCGCUGCUCUUAUGAAGAGAGAUAGAAGGAGGUGGCAUUUUGCUGAUGCGGAUCAGAAUGAUGCGUUGAACCGAACUGAGUUUGCUGCGUUCCUUCAUCCUGAAGACCACGGCGAGAUGAGAAACGUGGUCGUCUUGGAGACGUUGGAAGAUAUCGACAAAGAUAAUGACGGCAAGAUAUCUUUAGAGGAGUACAUCGGAGACAUGUACAAACCCGAAGACGGCGAGGACGGCGAGGAACCAGACUGGGUCAAGCAGGAACGCGACCAGUUCACCGGCUACAGAGAUACAGACAAAAACGGUUACAUGGACGAGAACGAGGUACGCGAUUGGAUCGCGCCCCCGGAGUUCGACCACGCCGAGGCCGAGGCGAGGCACCUCAUCUUCGAGGCAGACUCCGACGCGGACGAGAAACUCACAAAAGCAGAAGUUCUGGACAAAUACGACCUCUUCGUAGGGUCCCAAGCGACGGACUUUGGCGAGGCGCUGGCUAGGCAUGAUGAGUUUUAGUUAUUUCGAUGUUAAUAUUGAAACGUUCAGUAUAACAUUUUUAACUUAAGUGACAGCUUUGAGGCAGGCUCCGAUGUUAACAAGAAAAUAAAAGAGGAUUGGAGAAAAUAAGAACUGGUUUGCUACUUUCCAGGUAAUGGAUUUUUAUCAUAACCUAGGUUUGGGCCAGUGAAACUAUUUUUUUGUCAUAUAUAUUAAUUUAUUGUUUAAAUUUGAUAUGUAUGCGAGAAACACAUGAGAAAUUCAUUAGACAUUAGAAAAAAAUAAGACUAUUGUAUCCUUUACGGUAAAGGAUACAAUAGUCUUAAUUUUUUUUUGGUCCGCGUGAAUGUCUCUUAGCCGUCUCAUUGUUGUCAUUUGACUUCAGUAUCAAUAUGUAGGUCUGUUUAUUAAUUACCUACAUUAAGUACUAAAGUAUUUCUUUACAUAUUUUAUUAAUUUCUUACUUAAAACCUGCUGCAGAAAAUAAUUUUGUACCGCUAUUAAAAGUAGCUGAAAAAGUACUUGAAAACAAUUUUGAAUUGGUGUUAUAUCAGUUAACACGACUAUCCAGAAAAAAAUACUAUACAAAAAAAAAGUAUAGGGUGUUAUUUUUUAAAAGUUCUGCCAUUACAUGAUUAGCUACUUCUUAUAUAUACAUUAGCUGGUUGCCUUAAAAAGUUUUAACGCCAUGAUACCUUUUGGUGUAGUGAUUUAUGUUCAGAUAAAUGAGACGCACAAAACAAGCAAAAUUGGAAUAAACAAACAUUAAAAUUGCUAAAUUUUUGGGUUGAAUUGGUAUUUAUAAGACAGGCUUUAAACACUUUGUAUUCCCCCAUAUACAUACAUUGGUUAUGAGGUUCAAUAUAAUUUAACCUGGCAACAUUGUUUUAAAGUUAUUUUUAAGAUAUAUUCAUGUUAACUAUGUCUUUUGCCAUAUUCGUAGAAUCUCUCCAUCAGUAAUUAUUUAAGAUAUAUUUUAGUUUUUAACAUUAGUGAUUAUAGAUUAUACCAAAGCUAUUUCCGUUUAUAUCCUUUCCAAUAUGAUAUUAAUAUAGGUAACAUAGUCUAUAUAAAAAUUAAAAAAUCUAAUUAAUGCUUCCA